GGAGGAGGAGGAGGGAGGAAAGGUGGCAAUGACUGGGAUGAUGAUGACGGUGAUUUUUGUCUGAACUUGGGACCAAGUCGUUCCCAAAAACCUCCGCCAAGCAGAGGCAGAGGAGGGGGUUCUUUUCGAGGCACAGGUCAUGCAAGCAGUAGAGGCAGAGGAAGGGGCAGUGGUCAGAGCUUGCCCAAGUUUCCUCAUAAUGAUCGAGGCGGCUACAGAAAUAACAAGGACCAUCGGGAUCAAGCUAGACCCGAACAGACGAAUCUGCCUUUACAGAGAAUUCAUAUGACCUCUGAAAACCAGCUGCAAGUAAAAGAAUUGCUGAGAGAACUACAGACCCAGGAAUUCAGCACUACAAAUAGUGGCUCAGAAUAUGAAGGAGAGGAGGAUGAGGAGAAGGAGGAGGAAUUUGAUGAGCUGGACCAUCGUGAGGAAGGUCAGUUCUGGAACACUCAUGAUGAUGGAGUGGAGUAUGCAGAGGAUGGAGUGUAUGAGGAAGAUUAUAAAGAAGAGAAAAGUGUGAAACCAGAGCCGGUUGUUUCCCUGUUUGCUUUAGGAACUCUCUGCAGAUAUGGCUUUGAUCGAGAGCGCAGUAGACAAGCCCUAGAAGCCGGACAGUGCGGGUCAGGACGGGAACGUGGAGGAGGAGAAGUUGGAGCGACACUUGAAUUCCUCCUGUCUCAGAUGUUCUCUGAGAGGUUUGGUUCUACUGCCCUCGGCCCUCAGGUGCCUGACCCUCCCUCACAAGAGGAAUGUGUGGCCCUUCGCCAGGAGGAGGCCCUUGCUUUAACUGCCAUCUACGGAGAGCGUUUCUGUGAAAGAAUCAGUGACCGGGUGUGGACUAUCAGUCUGGAUCUGCUGUGGUUGACUGAAAGCCGCAGCAGGACCUCACAGUCAAAUAGCAGUAGAAACCAGUCAGGGUCUUCAUCUACACAGUUGUGUAAGUUCUACCUGAGAGGAGCGGGAUGUAGGUUUGGAAACCGCUGCAAGUUCAGACACCAAAGGCAGACAGAGUCCAGUGCCCACAGAGACCCUAAUGGACCCAGCCAGCCUGGUUUUAGUAGUAUGGAACCGCCUGUUUACCAGCUGGAGAUCCGCUUUCCUCCAGGGAGCCGUUACCCCUUCCAGCCACCGUUAGCUGCCUUCAGUAGCACAGAUGAAGCGCUCUCUGGAGCAGGACGCCUUAAUGUGACGGAACAUCUCUUCAGCCAGUCAAUUACAGCUGCACAGGAGGGGGAGCCAGUGGUUUACACCCUCAUCUCCUGCCUUGAGGAAGAUGGGACAGUCAGAGAGCUGCUUUCAGCUCCUCAUCACAAAUACAGCGUACCACCCCCAGUGUUGGCUCCCCCUGCUGUUACCCCAGCCAAGAGCCGGAGCACUAAGAGCACCACAGCUAACAGCACAGUGAGCAGCGCUACAACUACAUCCCGCGCUGUUAACACUGUUGGAGACGCCAGCCCCAGAGUUACACCAAAAAAUACAGAAGUAUCUACAGCACAGUGCCUCAACACAGAGGAUGUAGACGACGAUGAGGAGGAAUAUGAUGAUAGUGAAGAAUGUGUUCCGGUGGAGGAAGAGAGUUAUGUGAACUUCAGGAAGAAGAUGGGAAAGAAAGCUGAGAUCAGAGUUGAAGAUGUUCUGCAGGACAACAAGAAACUCUGUAGAGAAUUCAAAAGGAAACCGUCUUCCAGGCGCUAUGGCUCGAUGCAGCAGCAGAGGCACAAGCUGCCUGUGUGGGAGGAGAAGGAGAACAUUCUGCAUGCUCUGGAAAAGAAUCAGGUUCUAGUGAUCAGUGGGAUGACUGGGUGUGGAAAGACCACCCAGAUACCCCAGUAUAUCCUGGAUUAUUCUCUGAAUGGGCGACCAGAGGGAGUGGCAAACAUCAUCUGCACUCAGCCACGGCGCAUCUCAGCCAUCGCUGUGGCAUCCAGGGUUUCCCAGGAACGGGCCGAGGCUCUGGGUCACUCCACUGGUUACCAGAUCCGUUUAGAAACUGUCAGGUCCUCCAGUACUAGGCUGCUGUUCUGCACAACAGGGGUUCUCUUGCGGAGAUUGGAGGGAGAUGCUGAGCUCAGUGGAGUCACGCAUGUCAUUGUGGAUGAGGUGCAUGAGCGCACAGAAGAAAGUGACUUCCUAUUACUAGUGCUGAAGGAUCUAAUUCUGCAGAGAUCCGAUCUGAAGAUCAUCCUGAUGAGCGCUACUCUGAACGCUGAUCUGUUCUCACAGUACUUCCACCACUGCCCAACCAUACACAUACCAGGGCGUACCUUUCCAGUGGAGCAGUUUUUCCUGGAAGAUGCUAUUGCUAAGACUAGGUACGUGAUAGAAGAUGGCAGCCCUUACCGACGCUCAGCAAAGCAGAACGGACCCUCAGGUCAAGGCGGCAGGGUCAGUAAAGGACGACCUGUAGUGGACGACAUGGAUGAUGAUGAUGGCUGGUCAUUUACCUCCUUCAUGAAGAAAGAUUCUGUCAAAGACUCCAUCCCUGACCAGCAGCUCGGUCAGCAGGAGCUUGCACUGCGAUAUCCAAAUUACUCCAAAUCUGUGGUGAAAACUCUGGCUGCAAUGGACCUGGAUAAAAUCAACAUGGAUCUUGUGGAAAGUGUCUUGGAGUGGAUUGUAGAUGGAAACCACGACUUUCCCCCCGGUGCUGUCCUAGUCUUCCUGCCUGGAUUAGCAGAGAUUAAGCAGCUGUAUGAGCAGCUUCAGGCCAACAGGAUGUUCAACAAUAGAAGAGCUAAGAAGUGUGUGGUGUAUCCACUCCACUCUUCUCUGUCCAAUGAGGACCAGCAAGCAGUGUUUACACGCCCACCUGAGGGCGUGACUAAAAUCAUCAUCUCCACCAACAUCGCAGAGACAUCAGUAACCAUUGAUGAUGUAGUUUAUGUCAUUGAUUCUGGAAGAAUGAAAGAGAAAAGGUACGAUGCCAGCCGCAGUAUGGAGAGUCUGGAAGAUGUGUGGGUGUCUCGCGCUAACGCUCUGCAGAGAAAAGGCCGCGCAGGCCGUGUGGCAUCUGGAGUCUGCUUCCAUCUGUUCACCAGCCAUCGCUUCAACCACCACCUUAGCCAGCAGCAACUGCCUGAGAUCCAGAGAGUUCCUCUGGAACAGCUGUGCCUCAGGAUUAAAGUGUUGGAGAUGUUCUCGGAGCGUCAGCUGGAUUCUGUGUUCUCUCGACUGAUAGAGCCUCCAGCAGGGGGCAGUCUGGAUGCAGCUAAGCACCGGCUGUGUGCACUCGGGGCUCUGACGGAGGCUGAAUGUCUGACUCCACUCGGGUGGCAUCUGGCCUGUCUCCCUGUGGAUGUGCGUAUCGGAAAGCUGAUGCUUCUGGGGGCCAUUUUCCGCUGCCUGGACCCGGCGCUCACUAUUGCUGCCAGCCUGGCCUUCAAGAGCCCUUUUGUCUCACCGUGGGAUAAACGAGAGGAGGCUAAUGAGAGGAAAUUAAGUUUUUCUCUUGCCAACAGUGACCAUCUUUCUCUACUACAAGCAUACAAGGGCUGGUGUAAUGCAGAACAGAAUGGCCCCAAGGCUGGAUAUCAGUAUUGCAGAGAGAACUUCCUGUCUAUCCGUGGCCUACAGGAGAUAGCCUGUCUCAAAAGGCAGUUUGCAGAGCUUCUGUCUGAUAUUGGCUUUGUAAAGGAUGGACUGAAGGCCAGAGUCAUCGAGAGAAUGAGCUCUAAAGGAGCGGAUGGAGUGCUGGAGGCCACAGGCUAUGAGGCAAAUCUGAAUGCGGACAACACAAAGUUAAUGUCAGCUAUGCUGUGUGCUGCCCUCUAUCCCAAUGUAGUCCAGGUGCGAUCCCCACAGGGAAAGUAUAAGCUGACGAGUAAAGGGGCUGUUAAGAUGCAGCCUAAAGCAGAGGAGCUUCGCUUCAUGACUAAAAAUGACGGAGCAGUUCACAUACAUCCCUCAUCAGUCAAUUUUACGGUACGGCACUAUGACAGCCCGUAUCUGGUCUAUCAUGAGAAAGUGAAGACCAGCCGGGUGUUCAUUCGUGACUGCAGCAUGGUAUGUGUGUAUCCCAUGGUGCUGUUCGGUGGGGGGCAAGUGAAUGUGGAGCUUCAGCGUGGAGAGUUCAUCAUCUCUCUGGAUGACGGAUGGAUUCGAUUUGCUGCCGCCUCACAUCAGGUGGCUGAACUGGUGAAGGAGCUGCGUUGGGAACUAGAUCAGCUCCUGGAAGACAAGAUCAAAAACCCCAGCAUGGACCUCAUCACCUGCCCACGAGGCUCCCGCAUCAUACAAACCAUAGUGUCCCUUAUUUCAACCCAGUAACACACACCUAAAUGCCACUUCUCACAUUCACUAAUGCUGCUCAACCUCACAAUUCCAGUGUGUGGACAUGUACAUGAAUUGUACUACUAUGCAAAUAUUGCUCACUUACAUUUAAAUGACAUUAUGAAUCACAGAUAAUGCUGUGUAAAUAUGCAGAGUUUUAACAAAUGAACAAAAUGAACAUAAAUCACAGUUUCACCGUGAAUAUGAUGUACACAUGUACUGUAGGACUGAAUCCAUAUUGGAUUCUGUGUGGGAGAAACAGUAUCUGCCUUAGUUUGUACUGUAAAAUAAUUGUUAAGGAGCACUUACAAAUAAAGCAUGUGCAUGAAGUGUC